ACUCCAUCAUGUUUUCUCCUCCAUUCGCUCCCCCAUCACCAAGAUUUCGGCCCUGCCAAUCCUCCCUGCGCCGGCCAAAUGUUCACCUAGUUUUAAACCCCGAUAUCUCCGUGAAGACUUGACAUAUUUCAUUUUCUCCUCAUUAAUAUAUGGAAUUAUCUAUUCUAUCAUCUAAUCGAGCCAUACAUAAAUCCCACCGGAGCGGUUGUUGAAAAUCCUUUAGGUCUUGAAGCUGAGCAAUACUUUCUUGGCAAAGGACACCAUCAUACACGGGCCCCGGGCGCCCCUCAGAGUCCAGUAUGAUACGGUAUCGGAUCACUUCAUCAGGGUAACAGCAACACCCUAUCGGGACGCUAUCGGUACGAUGAGAAGGCGCCCACCCUUGUGCCUGCUGCGGUUCCAAUUCAAACAAACUCUGGGAACAGCUGAGUAUCCCGCUGCCAACAGCUCUAACUGACACCUGUUCUCUCCGACUCAUCUUUGCAGGACACGCUUCCUCUGACCUCUCAAUUCCGGAUAUAUUUCCUCUCUUCCUCGACCUUCUCCUUCCUCCGAAAUCGCUUUUCAACCCAGACCCCCCAAGUACUCAAAGCUCACAACUCCCAGAAACCUCCAUCAUGUCUGGCUACGGUCGGGAAUAUCCCAGGGGGGUGGCAGCCGUUCCACCAAGGCUGUUUAGACUUACCAAGAGCCCUAACGAAGAGUUCAUUGUUACAAAUUUGUGAGGGGAUUUUCUUUUGAAUAGCACAACCCUUGGAAACAUUCAAAGCUAAUCAACGGGACCUCCUCGGCCCGACAGCGUUGCCGUUUCUCCACGAGAUUUUCCUCGCGAGCAAUAUGUCAUAUGUGAUGGUCGAUAUAUUCUUACGGUCCGGCCCAUCGACGCCAUAGAGCCUGGAUAUGCCGGAUUCUCUUCCGCUCAUAGGGAUUGGGCUCAGUGGAGUUUGACUGAUCGCAUAAAUAUUGCCCCUUUCGACCCCUUCGCCCACGGACGAGCUCCUUAUUUGGGGAGCCUGGACUUGGAAAUUGGAUUCGCGGCCAAGAAAAUAAGUGAGGAGAGUUAUGACCAGGACGACCUCACCAAGCUUUUCAUCAGGGUAUGAACUCUAUUUUUUAACACACUACACCCCCACCACUCCAGCCCCCUCCAAGGGCCGGGUUUCUGUAAUAAUUGGCGAAGCUUACCUAUUUUCCGCCAGAGCUUUCAAAACCAAAUUUUUGCUCCGGGACAACGAACGAUAAUGGAUAUUCGGAAUAUCAAGGUUCUGAUUGUUGUCAAAACUGCGCAGAUUGUCAAACUUUCUGACAAAAAGUCUGCUUUGCCUCCUGACGCACCAACAACCGCUAGCCCCUCAGACCACGGAAUCCUUACUCCUCACACCUAUAUCACCUUUUACAAGGAUGCGAGAUCUCCAAUAAAGAUCAAAGGCUCCAAUAAACGGCCAGCAGCUAAUGCUAUCAUACAACCUAACUUUAAAUUUGAGGAUAUGGGUAUCGGAGGUCUUGACACAGAAUUCUCGCAAAUAUUUCGUAGGGCUUUUGCAUCUCGAAUAUUUCCACCCGGGCUCGUGGAAAAACUUGGAAUCCAACACGUGAAGGGGAUUUUACUCUUUGGACCUCCUGGUACGGGUAAAACCUUGAUCGCUAGACAGAUCGGCAAGAUGCUGAAUGCGAGGGAGCCUAAGGUUGUUAAUGGACCCGAAAUCUUGAACAAGUAUGUUGGGCAAUCGGAGGAAAACAUCAGAAAGUUGUUUGGGGACGCGGAAAAGGAGUACAAGGAAAAGGCUGAAGAGAGCGGGUUACAUAUCAUCAUAUUUGACGAGCUGGAUGCUAUCUGCAAGCAAAGAGGAAGUAAAAACGACGGAACUGGGGUUGGCGAUUCCGUUGUGAACCAGCUACUCUCGAAGGUAUAUUAAAUACCACACAUUUACCUGUCAUUCUUGUUGACAAGUGUGGUACCAUAGCUCGAUGGUGUUGACCAAUUGAACAAUAUCCUGAUUAUUGGUAUGACAAAUCGUAUGGACAUGAUCGACGAAGCUCUCCUGCGUCCAGGCCGUCUCGAGGUGCACAUGGAGAUUUCUCUCCCCGACGAGUUUGGCCGCCACCAAAUCUUGAAGAUUCACACAAAUAAGAUGAGGGAAAAUAAUGUUAUUGAUCCUGAUGUUGAUAUUCAGGAGCUGGCCGUAAAGACCAAGAACUUUUCGGGAGCUGAGAUCGGCGGAUUGAUUAAGAGCGCCAGUAGUUUUGCGUUUAACCGCCACGUGAAGGUACGAAUUGUGUCUUCGUUUGAGCAACCAGUUCCUAAUUAUUUAUAGGUUGGAACUGUUGCCGGGAUAUCGGAAGACAUCGAGAACAUGAAGGUUAAUCGCCAGGAUUUCCUUAAUGCCCUGGAGGAAGUUCGCCCAGCCUUUGGGGUUUCGGAAGAAGAACUUGAACAGGCGGUCCAAGGUGGUAUCAUCCGCUAUUCGCAAAAUAUCAACUCCAUUCUUGCAGAAGGUCGCUUGUUUGUUGAACAGGUCAGAAAGUCGGAGAGGACGCCACUCGUGUCGGUCUUGAUGCAUGGGCCUCCCGGAUCCGGGAAGACAGCACUAGCAGCCUCAAUAGCGAAGGCUAGCGAGUUCCCGUUCAUCAAACUUGUAUCCCCGGAAGCCAUGGUUGGGUUCAGUGAAAUGAGCAAAGUUAGUCACUUGAGCAAGGUCUUCAUGGAUGCCUACAAGUCUCCACUCAACGUUGUCAUCGUCGAUAAUAUCGAGCGGAUUCUUGAGUUUGUUCCUAUUGGGCCGCGCUUUUCCAACCCUGUUCUUCAGACUCUACUUGUGCUACUCCGCAAACAGCCACCGCAGGGCCGACGCCUUCUGAUUAUAGCAACAACCACUGAGAGAUCUGUGCUGGCUCAGAUGGACUUGCUCAACGCCUUUGAUGCUGACAUUGCGGUACCGAACGUGGCAAACCACAAUGAACUUGGCCACAUUCUCCGCGAAUUACAAGCAUUCAAUUCGGAUGGCGAAAGGCAACAAGUCCUACAUGAACUACAGAGUACUACUCGAACCAAGCAGCUAAAUGUUGGGAUUAAGAAGAUUUUAAUGGGCGUGGAAACGGCGAGGCAAGAUGAGGAUAUGGCUAGCAGAUUUGUGAGCGUGGUUAGUAGAGCAGUUGGUGAAAAUGGGGCAGGUUUACAGGGUGGCGAAUCCGGAUUGUAUUAAUAGGCGUUAGGCAAAUCAGGGCAUCCCGCUGCGAGAGCGAGUAGUGCGCCAGGUCGGAUUUUUUUUGAGGUGCGGCAUAAAUUCCAUGGGUCUUGUAGAAUUUAAAAAGGAUUCACUCCAG